AAGCGGUUUUAAAGACAGUAGAUUUGAUUGUAUUGCAAACUGACAGCUUUACACAAAAAUUUCAGCAUGCAUAAGUGAUGUGAAUGGGAACUGUAAAUUAUGGAGCCUAUCGAUGAAACAGAAAACCAUGUGUUUCGCCUGAAGCCAAAGAAAAGGAAAUCCAACAGACGGUCCUCAAUUUUGAAGUCUCCAAGCCGUAACAAUGCACUAGGAGACUUGGACCCAAAUGCCCAGGUGGAUGACAAUCGUAUGUCACGCCAGUCUCGGUCCAGGAGAGUCAGCUUUGCAGACACCUACCAGAUUUUAGAGUUUGCCAAGGACAUCCACAACACACCUGACCUAGGUAUCCUGGAAAAUACUUAUGUUGAGAAAGAGGAGAAUGGGGUUAGUGUGAAUGAUGCUGGCAGUCAUAUAUCAGGUCUGGACAAGCUUCUGACAGGCUCUCUUUGUAAUCAACUGUUGGAUGACACCCAUGAGGUUAAGGAACUACCCUUCCCCAAAGACCCUGAUGGGUCUAGCCUGUUGUCUCAGUCUAGCAGCCCCCAUGCCAGCUCUGAGCCAGACCAGCCAGGUGCAACAGUGGACAUGACUACUUUCAUCCAAUCCCUGAGGUCAGCUGCUGAUAACCUGGAGCAAGUCUCUGACAGCCCUCCCAAAAAAGUGGAUAUGGUGGCUUUCCUGAAGACGUUGAGAAAGGUAUCCCCUGUCAAACAACCGCCAGAAUCUGUCUCUGAGCAGGGGUUUCUUCAGAGCCUCAGUAGAGGAAUUUAUAAUACAUCAGAUCAAGGUGAUGUGUCCACUAUAAUUAACACUUCAUUAAACAAGUACCUUUCAAGCCCAGUGUCUGCUGAUAAGGCAGGCUUGGGUGUUGAAGAGUUGGUGCCAAGACAUAAGUCAGCAGGUGCUCCUGCCAGAGACUUGAUGUGCCAUGAAACUUUUGCAGCUAAGAACCUGAAAUGCUAUCCCCAUACCAGUGAGCAGUUUGCAGAGAUUACAGCACACAGGAGCCAGCAGUUGAUUUGUAAUACACAAACUAGCACAGAUGAAAUGGUGAAGAAAUAUGACAUCAAACGGUUUCUACAGAAACUGGGAGGUAAAACGUCCACAAACCCCAUGAUAAGUGAUAGCACUACCACUCGUCCCAGGGGAUUUAUGACACAUCUAGGAACUCUGCAGGAAUCUUCGGAGAACUCUUCUCCAGAAGACCACAACCCAGGCCACAAGAUGACCUCAGCAGAAUUUGCCACAUUAAGAUGCAGGAAAUUUGCAGGGAAACAUAAACCAGUUGAGGAUAAAGAAAACAUGUUUGUGGGUUGUCUCCAGUUCUCCGUACCCAGGGAAACGAAGGAUGGUUAUGAUCACAGAGAACCAAACUUUUUGGCUGAGGAAAAAACUAAUAAUGUCCUGAAAACUUUGGACAUUACUCAAAGAUUUUCGGGAACUGAAAGCGAGGCAGGAAUGGAAAUGACCGUGUGCCAUGGCAACAUUGUUGUUGAUAAUCAUAUAUUUGGGGAAAACUCUAAACAUGAAAUGAAAUUCACUGAUAUGACCCAAAGAUUUUCAGGACUGGAAAAUGAGGCAGCUAUGGAAAUGACCAUGUGCCACGGCAAUUUUGCUGUUGACAGAGAUGUUGAACAAAUGAGAAAUCCCACUGAUUUUACUCAGAGAUUUUCAGGACUGGAAAGUGAUGGAGGAAUGGAAAUGACAGCUUGCCAUGGCAGCAUUUUUGUUCACAAACCAUUAUUUGGGGACAACUCAAGACAUGGAAUGCAAUGCACUGAUGUUACCCAAAGAUUUUCAGGUCUGGAAAGUAAUGCAGGAAUGGAAAUGACAACUUGCCAUGGCAACAUCAUCGUUGACAAAAGCAUCCAAGGACAAAACAUUAACCACUUGGUGAAAGUUCAAAGUGCUGGACAGGAAGCAAAUGCAGUUAUAGCAACAGAAAGCUUAAGUGGAGAAAUCAACAUAUCAAAUGUAAUCAAAUAUCAAAUAAAAAUCCCAAAACAUGGAAUGAAACAUACUGAUGUCACCCAAAGAUUUUCAGGGCAGGAAAGUGAUGCUGAAAUGGAAAUGACAACUUGCCAUGGCAACAUUGUUGACAAAUUUCUUUCAGAGCAAAACACAAAACACACCAUGAAAGACAUGGAUGUUACACAUAGAUGUUCAGGACAGGACAGUGAUGCUGGGAUGGAAAUGACAAUUUGUCAUGGCAACAUUGCUUUUGACAGACCAUUCGUUAAGGAUAGUUCAAAAGAUGGGAUGCAACCUACAGAUGUUACCCAAAGAUAUUCAGGACAGGACAGUGAUGCUGGGAUGGAAAUGACAACUUGUCAAGGUAACAUUGUUGUUGACAGACCAUUCGUUAUGGAUAAUGCAAAAGAUGGGAUGCAACCUUCAGAUGUUACCCAAAGAUAUUCAGGACGGGAAAGUGAUGCUGGGAUGGAAAUGACAACUUGUCAGGGUAACAUUGUUGUUGACAGACCAUUCGUUAUGGAUAAUGCAAAAGAUGGGAUGCAACUUUCAGAUGUUACCCAAAGAUAUUCAGGACAGGAAAAUGAUGCUGGGAUGGAAAUGACAACUUGUCAGGGUAACAUUGUUGUUGACAGACCAUUUGUUAAGGAUAAUGCAAAAGAUGGGAUGCAACCUUCAGAUGUUACACAAAGAUAUUCAGGACAGGAAAAUGAUGCUGGGAUGGAAAUGACAACUUGUCAGGGUAACAUUGUUGUUGACAGACCAUUCGUUAAGGAUAAUGCAAAAGAUGGGAUGCAACCUUCAGAUGUUACCCAAAGAUAUUCAGGACAGGAAAGUGAUGCUGGGAUGGAAAUGACAACUUGUCAGGGUAACAUUGUUGUUGACAGACCAUUCGUUAAGGAUAAUUCAAAAGAUGGGAUGCAACCUUCAGAUGUGACCCAAAGAUAUUCAGGACAGGACAGUGAUGCUGGGAUGGAAAUGACAACUUGUCAGGGUAACAUUGUUGUUGACAGACCAUUCGUUAAGGAUAAUGCAAAAGAUGGGAUGCAACCUUCAGAUGUUACCCAAAGAUAUUCAGGACAGGACAGUGAUGCUGGGAUGGAAAUGACAACUUGUCAGGGUAACAUUGUUGUUGACAGACCAUUUGUUAAGGAUAAUUCAAAAGAUGGGAUGCAACCUUCAGAUGUUACCCAAAGAUAUUCAGGACAGGAAAGUGAUGCUAGGAUGGAAAUGACAACUUGUCAGGGUAACAUUGUUGUUGACAGACCAUUCGUUAAGGAUAAUUCAAAAGAUGGGAUGCAACCUUCAGAUGUGACCCAAAGAUAUUCAGGACAGGACAGUGAUGCUAGGAUGGAAAUGACAACUUGUCAGGGUAACAUUGUUGUUGACAGACCAUUCAUUAAGGAUAAUGCAAAAGAUGGCAUGCAGCCUUCAGAUGUUACCCAAAGAUAUUCAGGACAGGAAAGUGAUGCUGGGAUGGAAAUGACGACUUGUCAGGGUAACAUUGUUGUUGACAUGCCAUUUGUUGAGGACAGCACAAAAGAUGGGAUGCAACCUUCAGAUGUGACCCAAAGAUAUUCAGGACAAGAAAAUGAUGCUAGGAUGGAAAUGACAACUUGUCAAGGUAACAUUGUUGUUGACAGACCAUUCGUUAAGGAUAAUGCAAAAGAUGGGAUGCAACCUUCAGAUGUUACCCAAAGAUAUUCAGGACAGGAAAGUGAUGCUGGGAUGGAAAUGACGACUUGUCAGGGUAACAUUGUUGUUGACAUGCCAUUUGUUGAGGACAGCACAAAAGAUGGGAUGCAACCUUCAGAUGUGACCCAAAGAUAUUCAGGACAAGAAAAUGAUGCUAGGAUGGAAAUGACAACUUGUCAGGGUAACAUUGUUGUUGACAGACCAUUUGUUAAGGAUAAUGCAAAAGAUGGGAUGCAACCUUCAGAUGUUACCCAAAGAUAUUCAGGACAGGAAAGUGAUGCUGGGAUGGAAAUGACGACUUCUCAGGGUAACAUUGUUGUUGACAUGCCGUUUGUUGAGGACAGCACAAAAGAUGGGAUGCAACCUUCAGAUGUUACCCAAAGAUAUUCAGGACAGGAAAAUGAUGCUAGGAUGGAAAUGACAACUUGUCAUGGCAAUAUUGUUGUCGACAAACCAAUCCUUGAGGAUAACCAAGAACAGAUCCAUGGCAGUAUCAUUGUUGACAGGUGUCUUGGAGAACAAAGCACUGGAGUGGAAAGCCAUUCAGAAAUGAAAAUGACAAAUUAUAAUGGGGAAAUAAACUUGGGUAAAAGCUCAGAAAGUAGCCUAAAAGUGGAAAAGUCAUGUAAAUCGUCCUCUGAACCUAAACUUCAAGGUUACAGAUGUGUCUACUCGUCCACACUAGACAACAAGUUUAACACAGUCAGUUGUGUACUAGGGAAGAGAACUUUUCCACUGGGAAGACAAAGUUGUGAACCAUCACUGUACCCACCUGAAAAGGUGCAGCGUUUAUUGGGUCAGACAAAAAUACCUUCAAAUCUGAGUUACCUCAAUAAAAAAUUAAAUUCUUUGAAGCAGGAUCCAAAGAAUUGCAGUUUAGUGUUUGGGAACUUGAGGAAAGCAGAAGAACAGAUUUCACAUGUGCCAGAUGGACCUGGUCCUGUUGCUGGCACAAGUGAGACACGAAUGGAUAACAUAAUCAAGCCUAUACCUGCAACAGAACGUGAUUGUACAGUUAGCUCGGGCAAUGAAGAUGUCCAAACGACACCAAUAAGUGAACUCAAAUGUCACACAGAGGAUGCUGGGAAGAAGUCCUCUAAUACAAACUUAGGUGAAACAUCAGAUUGUAUUGAUAAGCAUGAUGAAGAUGUAGCUAAAUCUGCAAAUGCCAUUUCACAGGCAUUGCUCCAUGAGGCCAUAGCAGCAGAGUCUGAAGCAGUAAACCAACAUAGGACCAGAAAACAAAGCAGUACUGAUUCUGAGGAAGACAUGCCAGAUAUCAUGAAUGAGCUUGAGCCUGAGCUGUGUGCUCUCUCAGACUCCCCAGAAACUACGCCCCAGAAAAAGAUGCCAGAUAUGGAGCCCAUGUUACCUCCCUUUAAUGUGCAGUCAGACCAUGUGACAGAUGGUCAGAAUCCUGGUCCCGAGGAUGUUGAUGGUGUUGUCUCUGAUGGAAAUACAGCACCAGAAAGAACAAUAAAAUUGUCAUAUGCCACCUUCACUCAAAAGACUGAUGGCGACUGUUUGCUGACAGAAAAUAGUUGUGACAUGUUAAAACAGUUCUCACUCCGCAGGGGAGGAAAACAGGAAAGUGUACAGCUAUCUGGGAUGUGUGACCUGCUUGAGCAGACAAACAGUGUUCUUGUUACAGAGGCUACCACUGACACUGCACCUGUGGAGACUGCAGGGUUGUCAAAGCCAAGGGGAGACAAAUCCAUCAUGGAUGUGUCUAUUCUGCAGUGUUCCCAGGGUGGUAGGGCAAAUGUAUCCAUGAGACGCGAGAACACAAGCUGCCAGAACCUCUCCUCGUUCUCAUUUCUGCAGACAGAGCCGUACCUCAGCAAAGCUCCUUGUACAGCUGAACAGUUCAUGCAGAUGGUCUGUAUCACCACAUGUAUGGACUGGUCUGCCACAGGGCGCAGGAGCAGCUUCGCUCCACCUCAGUGUCAUGUGGAAGACCUGAGCUUGAGUGAGAUCCUAGACAAGGUGCUUAUUGACAGAGCAGAGGUAUUGAUGGUAGAGACAGCAGUGGAAGAAAUGGAGAGCCAAAGGACCAGACUUUUAUCAAUAAUGAGAGAACUAGAGCAGGAUAUAGAAGACAACAGUCCGGAUGUUUUUCAAUACAUCGUCCAGUCAAAGGAGGAGUUUGAGGAGAUCAAGAGGCAGUCGCUAUCGUGCUGGUCAGCUUGUAGGAAGAAGGCCAAGCUGAUGGGCAAAGAGAGCAAACUAAGAUGGCUUGUGGGGGAGAACGCUGCUCUACAGGCCAACAAAGUCAGGAUGUCUGAAGCAUUGCAGGAAGUCGAGGAUAAGUGUCAGUCUGCAGACAUGUUACUGCAGACUAUUGAUGAAGCUAUGGCAACUGAGUUUAGUGAGUUGGGCAAUAGCUGUGAGCCCUCAGAGGAGGUGGAUGAGACAGAUGGUAGUUGUGCAGCUUCAGAGGCUGGCCUCUGUGAGGAAAAUCAACUUCAGGCUCAACUUGAACUAGCUACAAAAGGAAAAGAUGAAUGUGAAGCUAAGGUGGCCACCCUGAACAGGGAUUUAACACAACUGACAGAAAAUAAUGAGAUUUUAAAUGUGGAGAUGAUAAAACUGAAUAAGGAAUUGAAUGAAUUGACAAUAGAAGAGGAGGAAAUAGACAAGGAAAUAGACAAGCUGAGAAACCAGUUCAUUGCUCACAAACGUUUAGUAGAGUGGACUGUGGUAGAAUUCUGUGAGCAAUCUGCUAGCUUCCUGUUCCUGAAUGGCUAUAUCCGUGUGGUGGUGGAGUUUGGGCAGGACCAGAGCACUGACCUAGCUACACCUCUCAUAGACCUCAUCAAAGUACAGUUGGCUCUCACUGACGAUGACAGGCCAGAGUUUGUACUGGCUCACAACAUGGUGGCAUCAGCCUUGUCUGCAGAUAUUCUGGAAUGCUACGAGACAAAAAAAGAUUUGCCGAAGCUUUUGAUGGAUAUUUCCAAAACUGUAUGGAUAGGCAAGUCUCUACAGAGGGACCUGAGACAUGUUCAGUGUACACACCAAGUACAGGUGUGUGGCACAAGCAUUUCAGUAUACUUUAUCAGUAUCUCCAAGGUUCAGAAGUGUUGUGUUAGGUUUGACUUCACUCCAAGUUUAGGCGACCUACCUCCAGCUGCAAUUACCGUCCAGACCAUUAUUGGGGAUGUUGAGGAGAAGAAAAUAGCGAAGGCUGUUGAAGGGUUGUCAACAGAGAAGAACUAUCUGAAGAGCAUGGUGGAGGCUGUGGAAAAAGUAGUCCUGGACAAAGAUGUGGAUAACUUGUGGCCCUCACAUACAACUAUAUACUCAUGAUAUAUCAACACUUGUGUUUAGUGCUGUCUACUGCUGUCACUAUAAAGUAUCACUAACAGGGAGUCCUACACAAAGAUGUGUUUAGUAGUAGUGACCUUUGCUCUAUAGUACAAAAAGCACAGAGUGGCAUUUUGAUACAUAAAGAUUACAUAAGUGUUCUGUAAAUUAGUAAGAAAUGUAAUUUGUCAUCAGAUAUAUAUGGUGCUACACACAAAGAUGUAUUUAGUGUUAAUGACCAUUGUACCCAUGAUGCAUUGAUGCUUGCAGCAACAUAUUGAUACAUUAAUGGUAAAUAUGUGUUCAUAAGAAAUGUAAUUUGUCAUCAGAUAUAUACAUGUACAUGGUGCUACGCACAAAGAUGUAUUUAGUAUUAAAGACCAUUGUAGUAUAGUGCAUAAAGCAUUGAUACAUGUAGCAGCAUUUUGAUACAUGAAUGGUAAAUAAAUGUUCUGCAAAUAAAUAAAAAUUGUAACUUGUCAUCACCCAGCUCAUGCUGGCUUCCUCUCCCACUGAAGUUCUGGCAGCAACCUGCUGAUGGUCGUGGGUUUCCCCUAGGCUCUGCCCGGUUUCCUCCCAUUAUAAUGCUGGCUGCCAUGAAAUAUUCUUGAAUACAGUGUAAAACACCAAUCAAAUAAGUCAAAUAAAUAAAUUUGUCAUUAGAUACACAAAUAGAUGUUUGUUGUAUGAAUGACCAUUGUACUAGUCUUUGGCACAAGAAGCAUUGAUUGUGUCAUGUUGAUACAUGACCAGUAAAAAGAUGUUCUCUUAGUUCAAUAAGAAAUGUGUUUAACUAUUUGGUUAUACUGUAUAUGUAUACUAUGUCUGUACUGAAUAGUAGACACUGACAGACUUAAACACAUAGCACCAUUGAAGUACUGUCAGGAUGUUUCUGAUGAUUUGUAUGUCUAGAUAGCUCACAAUUAUCGAAUGUGAGUCAAGGUGGUUCUGAGACCAGUACCAGCCAGUCCCUGAAACUCCUGCUAGUGUGCCAGUGAGUGCCAGGAUAGUUGUCUAGUUCUUGGUGAGGUAAGGUGGUUCUGAGACCAGUACCAGUCAGUCCCUGAAACUCCUGCUAGUGUGCCAGUGAGUGUCAGGAUGGUUGUCUAGUUCUUGGUGGGUCACGGUGGUUAUG